GCGGCGGGUUCCGCCCUCGCGUUGGGGCUGAGUCUCCGAGCAGUGCUGGAGCUGAAGCAUCUUUCACACCCUCCUCACCCUCCCCACCGACAUCAUGCUUCAGUUCCUGCUUGGAUUUACUUUGGGCAACGUGGUUGGAAUGUAUCUGGCCCAGAACUACGACAUGCCAAACCUGGCUAAAAAAUUUGAAGAGAUUAAGAAGGACCUGGAAGCCAAGAAGAAGCCCCCUAGUUCCUGAUGCCCACCUGGCACUGUAUUCUGGACCCACCAAUUCCGUCCCGGGGCCUGCCUUCCUCACAGCCACAUCCAAAGCUGUGUUCCUCUUCGGUCUCAGAGCCUGCGCGUUGCCUCAGAUCUAACACCGGCCCGAAGUCGAGUUAGCUCUGCGUUUCCAGCAUCUCCCCUUCCCCCCCGUAUCUUCUGUCCAGCUGCUUCUGAGUCCUAAGGCUGGAACUAAGGUGCUAGGUCAGCAAACACAACCUUAACUGGUACUCACCUGUGCUCUGAGAGACCCCGUGGUCAAGGAAUGACUGGAUUUGGAUAGUUACUGCAUUCACUGUCUAGCAGUGACAGUAGGAGCUUGCUACACAAACCAAAUUUUGUUAAAGUAAUUAAAAUCAGUAUCUUUCGAGCCAGUUUCUGGUGAAUUAAUCCAUUUGUUAUAUAAUGUUAUCAAGGAACUCCAUGAUUGAUAAUUUAACCAAUAAAUUGUUUGCUGGUCAUUAA